CUGUUGUUUCACCUGACACACUUGAACGUUCAGUAAGGCAAGCCAUUGAGCAUAAAUAUGGAAUCAUAAACACUGUAUUUCUUUCAACCCAUGCAUACAUAUAUGGUACCAAGUAUUCAGAGGGAAUGUUUUUGUCUGUACGGCACACCAGUGGACUGCCCGAUUUUGGCAAGAUUGUUAAAAUGGUAAUUGUGAACAACAAAGUGUCAUUCAUCCUCAAAUCCUUCAAAGCCUGGUUCAUAGAGCAUUUGUGAAGUUAUGAGCUAACAAGUAAUUGCACUUCAGAUCUGCAGGUUGUGGAACCCCAGGAGCUUAAUGGAUACCAUCCACUCUAUCCAUAUGUAAGGUCUGGCAAGCUAUACAUCACACCAAAAACCUUCUUGCUUCACUAAGUUGCAGAGAAACCCUGGAAUUUUCUAUUCCCAUAACAAAAUGCUGUUUCACGUGAUCAUCUCCCCACAGAACAUUCAGAAAGUUAGACUUGAUCCUGUUCCAGAUUCUGUUGAUGGCCUCAAGUUUGAACUUAAAAGCAGGCUCCAGCUGAAAGACCCUUUUGACCUUCAAUAUGAAGAUGAAGACUUCCAUGAUUUCUGUAACCUUACAUGUGUAGAUGAUCUGCCCAAAGACAAGGUGACACUGAAGAUCCUUUUCACCCCUUUUCUAGAUACAUUGUCAGACUCCAGUUUAGACACUGCAAUUUUAAGUGAAUCAUCAUCUCCAUCAACUUCUUCACCCAGCAUCCAUUCAGAGCCAUCUACUGCCCGUUCACAGCCAUGGCCAACCGCCUUUCCCAUCCCUGUUUUUACAUAUGAUGUGGAACUGAGGCUAAGACAAAGUAAUGAGGCAUUUAGAAAGAAUGGAACACUUCUGUCAAUUCCCAGAGACAUGAAGAUUGAAAUUCUUGAGAAACUUGCAGAGACUAUAUACUCAUACAAAGCCUAUCCUGGGAAUGAAGAGAUUGACAGUGUAGCGGCUGCCCUAAUUGAAAAACACCCCUGUCUCAAAGAGCCAAGCGCCACGUCUGGAUGGUAUGGGUGGAAAAUUAGUUUGAAAUUUAAGAUGGGCAACUACAGACAAAAGCUGAGAGAUGCAGGUUGUCAGGAACUGAAAGUGAAUUCUGAAAAGAGAGGUCUUGGGGAGACAAGAGGAAAGCGAAACAAAGUUAAGAAACCUAGACGGUGUGAAACAAAUUUUCUUCCAGAUCUACCUCAUGGCAAAGACCAGGAAAGUCUACAUAAGGAAAGAGAGCAAAUAUGGAGAUGAGGAAGAGGACUCCAGACAUCACCUUUGUUGAUUCUGCUAUGAGCAGCACAUUUUCUUUGAGAAGACAAGAAGUCGUUGAGGAGGAGCCACCAGUGUCACAAAUGAAAGUCCAAUGGCCAGCACUUUUCACAGAGAGGCAGAUCAGCAAAGAAUUCACCAGGCUUGUGUCAAAGGACCUGAGCAAGUCCUUUUUUGAAGGCCGAGAUGGUCAUCUCUCAAAGCUGAUACCGUUAUUCAGGUCAAAGCGUUAUGAGGACAUUCCAGAAAUGACUUCAAUACUGGAGAGCCUUGAUAAGGAUACAACAAACCAAAGGAUGAGGACAGCAGCAUUGCUGGGCCUGCCAUGGUACAUGCGAGAGAAUCCUUCAAAAUUCAUGAAGAUAUACGAGCACAGUGACUGUGAAGAGAAUGUGAUCAAGGGUGUGGUGAUUGGAAUCCUUGUGGUUGUGGAAAAUGUGAUGGAACCUCUCCCAGCGUUCUACAAUGAUGUUGCCUUGGUGAUUGAAGAAGAAGUGGUAAUGCAUCACAUGAGUGAUAUACCUAAUGCCUUUCUGAACCUAAUGGGCCUGGUGUAUGCAUUAAACCUUGACUACCCAAAGGAACUAAAAUUUACUUUUGAAGUGAUACAGCGCCUGUUUAUUGGAGUUGGAUCAGACUCUUGCACCGCAAGAGUACACUCUUUGAAGACCAAGUUGCUGCGAUAAGACUUAAGAUAAGUUGCUGUGAUAAAUCUUUUUUCCUUCUUGCUACUGUUUAAUCAUUGUACUGGUUUAAAG